ACCCUUUGACAUCCUGAUUCUCAUGACCAUCUUUGCUAACUGUGUGGCCUUAGGGGUCUAUAUCCCUUUCCCGGAGGACGACUCCAACGUUGCCAACCACAACCUGGAGCAAGUGGAGUACAUCUUCCUCAUCAUAUUCACCGUGGAGACAUUCCUGAAGAUCCUCGCCUACGGUCUGGUCAUGCACCCCAGUGCCUAUAUCCGCAAUGGCUGGAACCUUCUGGACUUCGUCAUAGUUGUGGUGGGGCUCUUCAGUGUGAUCUUAGAACAAUUUUCUCACAAGUCCGGCGAUGCCCAUCACAUGAGCGGGAAGCCUGGCGGUUUUGACGUCAAGGCCCUGAGAGCGUUCCGCGUUCUGCGGCCUCUGCGCCUCGUGUCUGGUGUCCCCAGCCUGCACAUUGUCUUGAACUCCAUCAUGAAGGCCAUGGUGCCCCUCUUGCACAUCGCGCUGCUGGUUCUCUUCGUCAUCAUCAUCUACGCCAUCAUCGGCCUGGAGCUGUUCAUCGGGCGCAUGCACAAGACCUGCUUCAUCAUUGGCUCAGACCUGGAAGCUGAGGAGGAUCCCUCCCCUUGUGCCUUCUCUGGGCAUGGCCGGGAGUGCACGGUGAACAACAGUGAGUGCCGCGGCAAGUGGGAAGGACCCAACGGAGGCAUCACCAACUUCGACAACUUCUUCUUCGCCAUGUUGACUGUCUUCCAGUGCAUCACCAUGGAAGGCUGGACUGACGUACUCUAUUGGAUGCAGGACGCAAUGGGUCAUGAGCUGCCAUGGAUUUAUUUUGUCAGCCUCGUUAUCUUUGGUUCCUUCUUCGUGCUCAACCUGGUUUUGGGUGUGCUGAGUGGAGAAUUCUCCAAGGAGCGAGAGAAGGCCAAAGCCCGGGGCGACUUCCAAAAGCUACGGGAGAAACAGCAAAUGGAGGAAGACCUGACGGGCUACCUGGAUUGGAUCAUGCAGGCCGAAGACAUCGAGCCCGACGAGGAAGGGGACGAGAUGGAGGACAAACACACCCCCAGUCUUGCAGCCAGCGAAACCGCAUCUGUGAAUACGGAGAACGUUGGGGAUGAAGACCAUCCCCCGAACCGUUGCUACACUAUGUGCUGGUGACUCUCUAAGACGAAAUUCGGCCGCCGAGUGCGACGGGUCAACCGCCUUUUCCGGAAGAACUGCCGCCUGGCUGUCAAGUCCGUCUCUUUCUAUUGGAUGGUCCUGCUCCUGGUUUUCCUCAACACCCUCACCAUUGCCUCCGAGCACUACAACCAGCCCGACUGGCUCACAGAGAUCCAAGAUUACGCCAACAAGGUGCUUCUUUCGCUCUUCACCCUGGAGAUGCUUCUGAAGAUGUACAGCUUGGGCUGGCAGGCCUACUUCAUCAGCUUCUUCAACCGCUUCGACUGCUUCGUGGUGUGCGGCGGGAUUCUGGAGACCGUCUUGGUCGAAUUUGAAAUCAUGCAGCCCCUUGGGAUCUCUGUGCUUCGCUGCGUCCGUCUCCUGCGGAUCUUCAAGGUUACCAGGCACUGGGCCUCGCUAAGCAACCUGGUGGCCUCCUUGCUGAACUCCAUGAAGUCCAUCGCCUCUUUGCUUCUCUUGCUUUUUCUCUUCAUCAUCAUCUUCUCCCUGCUGGGCAUGCAGCUCUUUGGGGGCAAGUUCAACUUUGACGAGACCCAGACCAAGCGCAGCACUUUCGACACUUUCCCCCAGGCCCUGCUCACGGUCUUCCAGAUCCUAACCGGGGAGGACUGGAAUGCGGUGAUGUAUGAUGGAAUCAUGGCCUAUGGUGGCCCCUAUUUUCCAGGCAUGCUGGUCUGCAUUUAUUUCAUCAUCCUCUUCAUCUGCGGAAACUAUAUCCUCCUCAAUGUCUUCUUGGCCAUUGCUGUGGACAACCUUGCAGAUGGGGACAACAUAAACUCCUCAAAAAAGAAAAAGGAGAGAAAGGAGAAAGAUCUUCUUCCACUUGAGGAAUUGAGAUAUUAUGUGGCAGAGGAGGAGGAGGAGGAGGAUGAAGGAGACCAGGAGAGCAUAGCGGAGUCCCACCUUGCCAAACAGGAGGAUAUUCCCAAAGAGAAAGUGCUGCCGAUCCCUGAUGGAAGCUCUUUCUUCUGUCUCAGCAAGACGAACCUGCUUCGUGUCGGGUGCCACCGGCUGAUCCACCACCACAUCUUCACCAACCUCAUCCUCGUCUUCAUCAUCCUCAGCAGCAUCUCCCUGGCAGCUGAGGACCCUAUCCGGGCACACUCUUUCCGUAACAAUAUUCUGGGCUACUUUGACUAUGCCUUCACUGCUAUCUUCACUGUUGAGAUUCUGCUCAAGAUGACGGCUUAUGGCGCUUUCCUGCACAAGGGCUCGUUCUGCCGGAACUGGUUCAAUCUUCUGGAUCUGCUCGUCGUCAGCGUGUCCCUCAUCUCUUUCGGCAUCCACUCCAGCGCCAUCUCCGUCGUGAAGAUUUUGCGGGUGCUGCGGGUGCUCCGCCCACUCCGAGCCAUCAACCGGGCGAAGGGGCUCAAGCAUGUGGUUCAGUGUGUGUUUGUAGCCAUCCGCACCAUUGGGAACAUCAUGAUAGUCACCACCCUCUUGCAGUUCAUGUUUGCGUGCAUCGGAGUUCAGCUGUUCAAAGGCAAAUUCUACAGCUGCACAGAUGAGGCCAAGCACACGCCAGAGGAGUGCAAGGGCACAUUCAUUGUGUACAAGGAUGGAGAUGUGACUCACCCGAUGGUGCGCGAACGCCUCUGGCUGAACAGCGACUUCAACUUCGACAAUGUCCCGUCGGGCAUGAUGGCCCUCUUCACCGUCUCCACUUUUGAGGGCUGGCCAGCGCUGCUGUACAAGGCCAUCGACGCCAACGAUGAGAACAAGGGCCCCAUCUACAACUACCGGGUGGAGAUCUCCAUCUUCUUCAUCGUCUACAUCAUCAUCAUCGCCUUCUUCAUGAUGAACAUCUUCGUGGGCUUUGUCAUCAUCACUUUCCGAGCCCAGGGGGAACAAGAGUACAAGAACUGCGAGCUCGAUAAGAACCAGCGGCAGUGCGUAGAGUACGCCCUGAAGGCCCAGCCGUUACGGCGCUACAUCCCCAAGAACAGAUACCAGUACAAGGUCUGGUACAUGGUCAACUCCACGGGCUUUGAGUACAUCAUGUUCAUUCUCAUCCUGCUCAACACCAUAGCGCUGGCUGUACAGCACCACGAACAAUCGAUGCCCUUCAACUACGUUAUGGACUUGCUCAACAUGAUCUUUACGGGACUCUUCACCGUCGAGAUGGUGCUGAAAAUCAUCGCCUUCAAGCCCAAGCACUACUUCGUCGAUGCAUGGAACACUUUUGAUGCUCUGAUCGUGGUAGGGAGUGUUGUGGACAUCGCCGUCACAGAAGUGAAUAGCUCGGAGGACAGCUCCCGCAUCUCCAUCACCUUCUUCCGCCUCUUCCGCGUCAUGCGCCUGGUGAAGCUGCUCAGCAAAGGGGAGGGCAUCCGCACCCUCCUCUGGACCUUCAUCAAGUCCUUCCAGGCGCUGCCGUAUGUCGCCCUUCUCAUUGCCAUGAUCUUCUUCAUCUAUGCUGUCAUCGGCAUGCAGACCUUUGGGAAAGUGGCGCUGCAGGAUAACACUCCGAUCAACCGCAACAAUAACUUCCAGACUUUUCCGCAGGCCGUGCUGCUGCUAUUCAGGUGCGCCACAGGGGAAGCCUGGCAGGAGAUCAUGCUGGCCAGCUUGCCCGGCAAACGCUGCGAUCCAGAGUCCGAUUAUGAGCCCGGGGAAGAGUUCACCUGCGGCAGCACCUUCGCCAUCGUCUACUUCAUCAGCUUCUUCAUGCUCUGCGCCUUCCUGAUCAUUAACCUCUUUGUCGCUGUCAUCAUGGACAAUUUUGACUAUCUAACCCGCGACUGGUCCAUUCUGGGUCCCCACCAUCUCGAUGAGUUCAAGCGGAUCUGGUCGGAAUAUGACCCAGCUGCCAAGGGUCGCAUCAAGCACCUCGAUGUGGUGGCCCUGCUACGCCGGAUACAGCCACCCUUGGGUUUCGGGAAGCUCUGCCCCCACCGUGUAGCUUGCAAGAGGUUGGUAGCGAUGAACAUGCCCCUGAACUCCGAUGGGACGGUCACCUUCAACGCCACCCUCUUUGCUCUGGUGCGGACGUCCCUCAAGAUCAAGACGGAUGGAGAACUGGAGGUGGCCAAUAAGGAGCUCCGCUCUGUCAUCAAAAAGAUCUGGAAGCGGACCAAGCCCAAACUCCUGAACGAGGUGAUCCCGCCACCAGAAGAGGAAGAGGUCACCGUUGGGAAAUUCUACGCCACGUUCCUGAUCCAGGAUUAUUUCCGGAAGUUCCGGAAGCGGAAGGAGAGGGGGCUGCUGGGGCCAGACGGGCCCCCGAGCAACUCUUCCGCUCUGCAGGCAGGACUGAAAAGCUUGCAAGACCUGGGGCCCGAAAUCCGCCGGGCCAUGUCCUGCGACCUGGAAGAGGAGGAGGAGGAGGAAGCAGAUGAGACUGUGUGUGAAGAGGAGACUGUGACCUACAAGAGCUCCGAAGCCCUGUACAGCAGUGCUCCUGACGGUGACCGCCAGGCCUCGGCUCCGGCGGCGGUGCUGGACCAGGAAAACAAGACUUUGGUGAAUGGCCUCAUGGGCUCCCGCGACCCCUCCAGCGCCAGCCUUUCCCACACGGCCAAUGGGCCGACCCCUUAUGAGGAAAAUGCCAGUGGCAACGAGGAACCUGCCGAGCUGCCUGACCUCCCCUCUCGCCGCAGGAUGAGCAGACAUAGCUCCGAUGGCGGCUGCAACCCACCAACAGUGCAGGAAGAAGCCACGCGUGCAGAAGACUACGGAGAGGACACUUCAGCCGAGCAAGGAUACUAUAGUCGAGAGGAGGAUUCCGAGAGCUUGGCCUCCCAUGACAGGCAGCCCAGCCUGAACAACCCUCGGCCCCGCAGCCGUCACUGGGACAACGGCUACGGUGGAUCGUUGCCCCUCCCCUCCCGGCACGGCAACAGCGGGCUCACCAACGGACUCCCGGAGAGCAGGCAAACCAAGCGCAGGCGCCUCUUGCCCGCCACCCCCACAGGCCGCAAGCCGACCUUCAGCAUUCAGUGCCUGCAGCGUCAAGGCAGCUGUGAUGAUAUCCCUAUUCCGGGCACCUAUCACCAGAACGCACCCCCCUACAGAGCGCGCACACAGUCGUGGGCGACGCCACCCAAGCGCAGCCGGCUGCUCUACGCCCCGCUGAUCCUGGUGGAGGAGGACAGCCCCCCGGGGCGUGACUGGGAGCAGAACAGCAGCAGCCUCCCCCCAAUGUCGCGGGCCCGCUGGUACAUGGAAGACCAGGACCUGCCCUACCGCACCUACGGCCACCUCCAUGUGCCCGGCCCGCUCCAGCACAGCUACAACGACAAGCGGGGCAGUGCGGACAGCCUGGUGGAGGCGGUGCUCAUCUCUGAGGGCUUGGGCCUCUACGCCCGGGACCCCAAGUUUGUGGCCUUCGCCAAGCGGGAGAUCGCUGACGCUUGCCACAUGACCAUCGACGAGAUGGAGAGCGCCGCCACGGACCUCCUGAGCCGCAGGCGCCCCAGCAGCGAAAGCGGUGCCCGCGGGGGCAGCCACGUGUUGUACAGCAGUGACGGGGAGCACAGCGGGGUUGGGAGUCUCGGCCCCGUCUACAGCGACGAGGAGCCCUACCGCUCCCGUGAGGAAGAGGACUUGGCCGACGAGAUGGCCUGCGUCACCUCCUAUUGACCUCGACGUGCCCCUCUGGCAGGGCGCAGAGGGACCACUG